ACCAGAGCUGCGCAAGGAAUUCAAAAAGACCGAGAGGAACGGAACUUAUCUUGGAAAAUGUGUAAAGGAUUAGCUGCCCUGCCCCAGACAUGUCUGGUGAGGGCUAAGGAGAUCAAGAGUAAAUUAGGAAUCCUCCUCCAAAAGCCAGAAAAUGCCAUUGACCUGAUUAUCCCCUAUCCUGAGAAACCAGAGAAGAAGCCAGAGAAGCUUCAGAGACCCACCCCUGAAGAAGCUGCCCACUGGCGUGAAUCUCUGGAUCAGGUUCUGGCCAAUGACUAUGGUGUGGCCACUUUCAGGAACUUCCUGAGGUCUGAGUUCAGUGAGGAGAACAUUGAGUUCUGGGUUGCUUGUGAGGACUUCAAGAAGACCAAGAACCCCAUGAAGAUGGCAAACAAGGCCCAAAAGAUCUAUGAGGACUUCAUUCAGACUGGUGGACCUAAGGAGGUGAACAUUGAUCAUGUUACCAAAGACGUGACCCUGAGGAACCUCGUUGAUCUGUCCCCUGCCACCUUUGAGCUUGCCCAGAGCCGCAUCUUCACCCUGAUGGAGAAGGAUUCCUUUGGCCGGUUCCUGAGAUCUGAGAUGUACCAGGAGCUUCUGAUCUAAAGCUCUGGCAGGGCUGCAGGGAGACCAAGUCAGGUUACUAAACCCAACAGAUCUUACCUGAUGACCAAAAAAGGCCCUUUUAUAGAGUUUGGUUUCGAAAAGAAAUCUGAUCUAUUCCUGUGAAGAAAGGAAGACAAAACGACAAUGACAUGUUCUGGUACCAUUUUGACUUCAGACAGAUUUCACAAUUGGGAAAGCACAUCGGUGGGGACAUUGUCUGAUCAUUAAAUUAUGCCUCUUAAAUAUUAAGCAAAACUGAAUUCAGUUCUGAAAUUGACCUUAUGUCUCCCUGCAGCCUACUAAAACCAGCUUGAAAAAUCAUUCAGAGGAGAACAGAAAUAACACAAGAUUGGAUAAAAUUGGUGUAUUUGUGUUUGGAUGAUUUAACCCCAAUUUUAUUAUGUUUUCCUGAUUAAAUGGGGCAUUCAAUACAUAUCCUGUAAAUUCACAUAAAGUCACUGCAUCACUUAUAUGACAGUAGCAUUUACUUUGUUGUCAGACCAGCCAUUACCAUCCACUAAUGAAAACAAGAUAUUUCACAUUCGCCCUUUUUGUCCAGAAACAGAAGUGAUUCACUUAAAAGAGAAGAAGCCCCAAGAGAUUACUAUACUUUCAUCAUGAAGCUUUAAAUUGAGAGUGGGAAGCAGGAAAUGUCUUUUUUCAAAGGCAAGUUUAAUAUUCACAGAGCCAUACAGUAAAUAAAGAUACCACCAGACAGACACAUCGCACAUCGCACACACACACACACACACACACACACACACACACACACACACACACACACACACACACACACACACACACACACACACACACACACACACACACACACACACACCAACAACAACAACAUGAGUAAUAAGUAACCUUGAAGAAAGCCUCUGGCCUUCGAAAAGCCACUCUGGGAACAGAGAAGAGAGAUUUGUGUUUAGCACCUAGUGCCGCACUGCAAGUUGCUGAGAUGGGAAUAUCAAGUAGGAACCAAUCUUGACAGAGAACUGGGUAGAUUUCAAAACAGGCUGACAUUUUGGUCCUCAGGAAACAUUUGGCCAUAUAUUCCAACAUAGUCCUAUUUAUUUUCUACUGAUACUAUACUAAAUCAACUGUGCCUAUGGUGUUGUUUCCUGUUUCUCCCUUAACUCUUCAAUACCAUAUGUAACUGAUUUUUCUUUUGGAACGUACUAAAGCCUUAGCCUGAAUUCUAAAAUCUUUCUGUUAGCACAAUCCAGAAUAAUUCUCCUGAUUAAGAGGAUUUCAAGCAUGCAUCAGGGCGUAAUCAAACAUUAUAAAACUCUAUUUUAUGCUCAGUAUGUUUAUGAUGAUAUGUGUGUGGUCUCUUUAUACAAUAUCCAAAGUAUUUCACAAUAUAUUAUAUAUCCUUAGCACUUUACACUAUCUUAAGUCCUUAUUAUUUGCCUACUCACUUUUGAUUGAAAUUGAACUCUGCUGGCCACGAGUUCACAAUUUGGACUGUUUCAAACCUUUCAAAAAGGAAGUACCAAGCCCAUGGGAAUGCCUCCCCACUGAUAUUUCCACUUUAAAGAUAAUUAUUUUGAUUAAUUUGACCAUAUAGAGUGAAUUCACCAUUUCAAGUAUCAAUGCAAGUGUUACUUUCCCUCAAAAUAAACUUUUUCAUAUUUACAGUCAAUGCAUAAAAUUGCAUCAAAUGAAUUUUCAACAUUUUGAUUAUUUCAUUUGAUGAAGAUGGCAAAAAAUAACAAAUAAUGAGGACUUAAUUUGUGCUAAUCACCUUAUAUUUGACGUAGAAUGUGCAUGUAUUUUGUGUAGCCAACCAUAUAUAUAUAAAAUGCAUCAAUACAUUAAAUAUCUGAGGAUGUAUUUAUUUUUCUAUGUAAAUAUCUAUGGUAUGGAGGAAUUAAAUUCUAAGUUAUUCAAUAA